CAUGCUCAGAGUUUUCCCAGCAAUCCUGUGAAGAAUGUCUGAAAAAUGUUUCGUGCCUUUGGUGUUACACCAACAAGACUUGUGUUGAUUACCCUGUAAGAAGCAUUCUUCCACCAUCUUCAUUGUGUUCACUUUCAAAUGCUCGAUGGGGAGUUUGCUGGAUAAACUUUGAGGCUUUAAUUAUUGCCAUAGCUGUAGUAGCUGGACUCAUUCUGGUGUCUGUAGCAGUCUGUUGCUGUUACUGCUGUUACUGCAGGAGGCGGUCUAACACUGUUUUCCAUUAUAAUGAAGAAGAAGAACGGCUAGCUAGAAAGACAGAGGAGCGAAGACUACAGUCUCUUCAGAGGAAACAUGAAAGAAAAAUGAAGCAUGAUGAAAUACGUAAGAAGUAUG